GGGUUCUCCCUCCGUGAUCAUCGCAUCCAUGAUCCAGGGAGAGAGAGAGCAGUAAUGGCGGCCGGGUAGCUCCACACACCAACACCGCGUCCGCAAUUAGCCGCACUCACCGCAGCCCUCCGGGGGCAGCCAGCUUCACACACCGCGGCGGAGCCAGCGCGACAGACACGGCGUGGAGACACGGGCUUAAGGGUGGCCGGGAAUCCUUCAGCGGACCGUAGCUGCCUGGGACUUUCCUUCUACUUUUCUAAAAAAAAAAACAAAACAAAAAAACAUGGACGAGCACCCCGGCGGAGGAGGGGUCGCAGCGGGCAGCCCGCGACAGCCGCCGCCGCAGCAGCAGCAGCAGCAGCAGCAGCAAGGGAGCAACAGCAACACUAAUCCGCCGAUCGGAGGCGGCGGCAGCGGAGGAGCCAUGGUGCCGCACCAACCGGACGAGAUGCCCCGGCCGCAGCAGCAGCAGCAGCAGUACACGAUCCCCGGCAUCCUGCACUACAUCCAGCACGAGUGGGCCCGGUUCGAGAUGGAGAGGGCGCACUGGGAAGUGGAGAGGGCCGAGCUCCAGGCGAGGAUAGCGUUCCUCCAGGGGGAAAGGAAAGGUCAGGAGAACCUGAAGAACGACCUGGUUAGAAGAAUAAAAAUGUUAGAAUACGCUUUAAAACAAGAAAGAGCAAAAUAUCACAAGUUAAAAUACGGAACAGAGUUAAACCAAGGGGAGAUGAAGAUGCCAAGCUUUGAAUCAGACACCAAAGACUCAGAGGUCUCUGCUGUUCCUGCCAACAGUCAGCUCACCUGGAAACAAGGAAGACAACUACUCAGACAGUACCUGCAGGAAGUAGGAUACACAGACACCAUCCUGGACGUUCGUACUCAGAGGGUUCGCUCUCUGCUUGGCCUGUCAGGCUCUGAGCAGAACGGAUCUGUGGAGAACAAGAACCUGCAGCACCUGAUCAACGGGACGGAGCGCCGCAAGGACAGCAAGAGGAGUCCAGGUGAUGUUCUGGAGACUUUUAACUUCCUGGAGAAUGCAGAGGACAGCGACGAAGAAGAGGAUGAGGAGGGAGACCUGAUGGACGACAUCAGCGCUGACAAACACCACCGAGCCAAGAAACACAAGACAAAGGUGGGGAACGAGGGCUUGGCGUCGGAGGACGACGCCGACACUGAGGAGGCUCUGAAGGAGUUUGAUUUCCUGGUGACGGCGGAGGACGGAGAGGGAGCAGGCGAGGCUCGGAGCUCCGGAGACGGGACCGAGUGGGCGGAGCCUCUACCGUUUCCUCCCGGAGGUGGGAAGUCCUUCCUGUUGGGGGGGUCGGACGACGUGUUGGAGAGCGUCCUGGGUUUGGGCGACCUCGCUGACCUCACAGUCACCAACGACGAAUCAGACUACAGCUACGACCUGCCGUCCAAUAAGGAGUCUUCGUUCAGGAAGACGUGGAACCCGAAAUACACACUGCGGAGCCACUUCGACGGCGUCCGAGCGCUGGCCUUCCACCCUGUCGAGCCGUGUCUGGUCACCGUGUCUGAGGACCACACCCUCAAACUGUGGAACCUCACCAAGACCGUCCCUGCCAAAAAAAGUGCCUCUUUUGAUGUGGAACCCGUCUACACAUUCAGAGCCCAUGUUGGUCCAGUUUUGUCGUUGACGAUGACGUCCAGCGGUGAACAGUGUUUCAGUGGAGGCAUCGACUCGACCAUCCAAUGGUGGAACAUCCCCAGCUCUAAUGUCGACCCCUACGAUACCUACGAUCCCAGCGUCCUGGCAGGGUCAUGGUUGGGGCAUACGGACGCGGUGUGGGGAUUGGCUUACAGCGGCAUCAAGAACCGCCUCCUGUCCUGCUCGGCCGAUGGAACGGUGAAACUGUGGAACCCGACGGAGAAAAACCCCUGCAUCAGCACUUUCAACACAAACAAGGAGCACGGUGUCCCCACGUCGGUGGACUUCAACGGUUGUGACCCCGCCCACAUGGUGGCCUCCUUUAACAGCGGAGAUGUGGUGGUGUACGACCUGGAGACUUCCCAGAAUACACUUGUGCUGAAAGGGCAGGGAGAAGGCACCCUCCCAGGAUCGAAUCACAUCAAUAAGGUGGUCAGUCAUCCCACGCUGCCGGUCACUAUCACCGCUCACGAAGACCGACACAUCAAAUUCUACGAUAACAAGUCAGGUAAAGUGAUCCAUGCCAUGGUGGCUCACCUGGACGCAGUGACCAGCCUGGCUGUGGAUCCUAACGGGAUCUACCUGAUGUCUGGAAGUCACGACUGCUCUCUGCGUCUGUGGAACCUCGACAGUAAAACAUGCGUCCAGGAGAUCACAGCUCACCGGAAGAAGAGCGAGGAGGCCAUCUACGAUGUGGCCUUCCACCCCUCUAAGGCCUACAUCGCCUCCGCCGGAGCCGACGCCCUCGCCAGGGUCUACGUGUAGAAGAAGAGGAGGAUAAGAAGAAGCAGAGGACUGCGGGGCGAGAGACAGACAGAGAGAGAGAGAGAGAGACGGGCUACUCUGUUCACACAGACAGUAUUCAGGUCUGUUCAGGUCACUGAACACAGAAUAUAAAUUAAUGAGAGACUGGAGGUGACGGGAUCUCCAUCAGACGACUGAACACACAGACACACACACACACACACACACACACACAGUUUAGGGUAGGAGGCGGAGGUUUGUUUCCCGCCGACUGACUGAGGAGACUAAGAGACGUUCAGCAGCAGAAACACAAACGUUGUGCAAACGUUGUCUAAACCCUGCAGGUCGACACUGAGCAGCUCACCUGUCAUGUGAUGUUGCCUCCGUCUGCAGAGUCCUGAACGCUGCUCUGAUGACACUACAUGAAU